CUACCAACCCCAGGCAAGCGUCGCCGCCGUCAUCACCGCCAGCGGAUCUUAAAGCGGCAGCAGCAGCAGCAGCCGGAGCCGCUGGCCCCUUGAAGCCUUGAAGACGCCGACAGCGGAGACGGGGAGAGGGGCAAGCGAGAGAGAGAGAGCGACACACGGGGAGAGACGUAACGCAGGGAGAGAGAGAGAGAUACGCACGGCCUGCUGUUGGGAGCACGAAGGGACAUCACCACCACCACCACCAUCCCCCCGAGAUGAUUGCUGUGCAAGAGCGGGGCAGACUGCGCGAGGCGUUCCACCAGGUGCUGGCCGGAGGAUCAGCCGGGCUGGUGGAAAUCUGUCUGAUGCACCCGCUGGACGUGGUGAAGACGAGAUUUCAAAUUCAGCGUGGCAAAAAUGACCCGAACAGCUACAAAAGUCUGGCGGAUUGUUUCCGGACAAUGUAUCGCAAAGAGGGGCCGCUGUCCUUCUACAAGGGGAUACUGCCGCCCGUUUUAGCCGAGACACCAAAGCGAGCGGUCAAGUUCUUCACCUUUGAGCAAUAUAAGAAGCUGCUUAACCUCACUCCUGUCUCCGCGGGGAUGGUGUACACGCUCGCCGGGCUGGGCUCGGGUCUCACCGAGGCCAUCGUAAUCAACCCUUUCGAGGUGGUCAAGGUGAACCUGCAAGCUCAGAGAACGACGUUCACAGAGCAACCAUCGACGUGGGCGACCGCGAGAGAAAUCGUUCGGCGCGACGGGUUUGGGUCGCGAGGCCUCAACAAGGGCUUGACAGCGACCCUAGGCCGACACGGAGUCUUCAACAUGAUCUACUUUGGCUUCUACCACAACGUCAAGGACAUCGUCCCCUGCAGUCAGGACUCGAAGCUUGAGUUCCUGCGGAAGGUCUUCAUCGGCUUCCUGGCGGGGACUCUGGGCUCGGUCAUCAACAUCCCCUUCGACGUGGCCAAGAGCCGCAUCCAGGGCCCCCAGCCGGUGCCCGGGGAAACCAAAUACCGCACCUGCAUGGGCACCAUCGCCACGGUGUACAGGGAGGAAGGGUACUUCGCCUUGUACAAGGGACUGCUGCCAAAGGUCAUGCGACUCGGGCCAGGGGGUGCGGUGAUGCUGCUGGUGUACGAGCACGCCUUCGCCUGGCUCCAGAUCAACUGGUGAAGGUCACCAAGCCGCCACCACCACCACCACCACCUCCUCCCAGCACCGCCUGGCACCGCCCGGCACACUGGCGAUGCUCAGUGACAAUGCGGGAGCGGGGGAGGAAGGGCGAGAGGGGGGGAUCGAGGGUCUUCGCCGGACUCCGGCGUGAGCGCUCGCUCGCUCGCCGUGACCGGGGCGGCUCAACGGUGAAAUUAAUGAAAAAUUGAACCGGUAUUAUAUAAGCGCACUUUCUUCCACGAGUCCUUCAAUGCUUAAAAAAAACAAUGGUACGUACGCACGCACGCACGUGCAUUAAAAUGUCUUUCGCACCGUUAUGUAGGCGACCGUGCCAAACGGAGGUUCCGGGAUGGGGGGGAGGGGGACGAAGGGACGAAGAAGAACAACGGCGGAUAGAGGCUGCGCGUUGCCGCUGUCGGAUGCGGUUGAGAGAUUACGACGGACGGCGAUUGAAGCGGGCGUCGCGUGGCGUGGCGUCGGUGGCGGCGUGGAACGAGCCGUCUCCUUCGUGUGUCCCCUCGGCCGCUCUUGGCAGCGCUGGCGCCGUGGCCCCUCUGUGCCCACCCCCCCACCCCCUGCGCCGAGCGGGCGUGCAGUUACAUCUUCAUCUUUUACGCCGCGCAACUCGCGUCUCGAUAGAGGUGCCUCGGAGCGAUUUCACGCGAAAUGACAGUUACGUACGUGCGGUGAACUGUUUCCUUUCGCAUCGCACGUGGCCGGCCGUGUUCAUCGGAGGUGCGGCGGAACGGACAAUUGAACCCAACGCAAACAGAAAAUAAAAUAGUUCUAAAGAAAUGAAUAAAUUACGUCAAUGCCCAACACUUUUAAUGUAUAAAUCACGGGACGAUUCAGAUUUAGUUUAAAAUAGCAAAGCAAGCUACCGUAAAUUUUGAUUUAAAGCUUUCGUGACUGCAAAGAUUCAUAUUCUUGGUUCUUUCGGUAAAGUCACGUAGAAGGGAAAUAAUAAAAUAAUAUUAAUAUAAAACAAUAAAAAAACAAUAGAAAUCCUCACGACGUUUCGACUGCAACACAAGCAAUCAUCAUCAGGUGUGAAAUCCACAGCAAGAAAAGUUUAUUUUUUUGUUUGUUUUAUAUAAAUAUUAUUUUAUUAUUUCCCUUCUACGUGACUUUACCGAAAGAACCAAGAAUACAAGCUACCGUAGGUAAUAUAAAUAAAAUGGGAAAAAAAUACUCACGAAAGUUUAUUUGUUUCUAUUUAAACAAGCCACCAAGGUCAAGGAAUCGCGUCGGUCAAAGUCUCGGCACGCAGUUCCCCGUCGUUAAAUUUGCGCCACAUCGCAGACGCGCGCAUAGAGACGGGAGGACGGUGGGUGAUUGCUUUUUCUUUUAAAAAAUAAAUGCUUUGCAUCGAUCGAAUCUGCUCCCCUUGACAUUUGCUGCGGGACAGACGGCCCAAUGACAUCCGACCGGCCGAAUAACUCGGUGCACUACACGCUUAGCGGCCCCUGCCACAGGGCAGUGGGUUCUCGCAAUUAACAGCGAACUCGGAGACACUGCAACAGCUCCAGCUGCUACCGUAAUCGACGACUUGUAACCUCGCCCCCCCCCCCCCCCCACGUCGCUUGGCUGAACCCUUCGAGUUCGUUUGAAGAGUCGAGAUUGUGCGGGAAUGCGCUGGGGAUGUCGCGCUCACGCGUCGUCGCACGGUACAGCUCUACCAUGUGGUUCCGUAUGGGGAGGUGGGGGUGGGUGGUUGUGCGGUGAUUGUGUUGUGGUGUUGUGGUUGUUGUUGGGUGACGAUGUCCGUCGUUCGCGCCCCACGAGGCCGCAACCCGGCGUCGGGAGCCGUUCCGGAGAUCGUCCCCCUGUUUACCCGACAGAGGCUCUGAGUGCACGGAGCUAAGAAGUGGGGGUGGUGGGGUCUGGUCGGCAUGGCCGCGAAAUCCCACGUGGAGAGUUGGCGCGUGAGUCUCUAAUCCCCCCCCCCCCCCCACCUUGAACGGCACCGUCUAUCACUUCGGAGCGAGCUGCUGGUUCGCCGUCACGCAGAACGCCGUCUGGGAGAUGUCCCGUCGGGAACUCAACCGGUCACGAUUUGUUGAGCUUCUUAUUUUUUUUGCGCCCCGAAAAAACGCGCAAAUCGCUCCCCUCGCGCCGGGGCGGAAUUUCUCGAUCUUGGAACGCGGUGUCCGCUCGUGCUCUGCGCUUAAGUCGUGAAGAAGACAAAUCAAAAGGAACCCGGCGGUGAAGUGACCGGCGUUGCUCGAGCGGGCCUUUGUCCUCCACCGUUUCGUUCUUGCCGGAGCAAAACGUCGCGUGGAAGGAGGCUGCGUGAGCCGCGAUAUCCGAUCGGCUUUCGUCGUCGGUGGAUCACGCCACCGAUGAUCGGUGCUGAUCGCUCGACUUAAGCGGGUGAAACGCGGAAAAUAGAUGGGAGGCGGGAGGGAAAGGGGGGGGGAUAUGUCUCGUCUCCAUUUGCACGCGUGCCGCUGGGCGGGAGGUGCUGGGCGUGGCUUGGUGAAGUCGGCGGCAUAAUCAGCUGGCUUGGAGUGGGGGGGGGUUUCCCUCCUUCGCGAUGAUUCGACCGCAACAAAAAGUAGUCGAUGGCAAUUUUUAUUUCAUUCAUCCACCUCUUCGAUGAUUCGUCCCGGGUUACUAAAAUUUAAAAAGAAUACAUAUUCCCCACCCCCCCCCCCCCCCCCCCAUAAUUAUACUUGUAGAAUAUUUUGGCAGCUACGGUGGUUGAGCAGGUUUUAAACGCUACACACGCGUGCGCGCGUGUGCUAACAGCUCAUCGCACUGGCUCUUUGCACAGUGUUCAUGGUGGUCGGAGUUGGUUUGUUAUGCAACUUAAAACGACCUUGGCUGCAACAUUCACCAUUGUAAACUCAUUUGUUACAUGCACAUACAGCUCCUCAAUCAGGUAGUGAUAAUAAUAAUCAUAAUAUACAGCUCUUUUGUCAAUUUUAAAAUCAGGAUCUUUUUUAUCCUGGAGAAAAUCCGAUGAGCUAUGAAGCUCGUUUUCACACAUGUCCAGGCCUUUUCCAUGCCAUGUUAGUCAUAGAGGUCAUUUUGCCAUACUUCGCCACGCUGGUCAGUUGCGGUUUAGUGAACGGGUGUCACGUGACCGGUUCACAUAUUCGCCACUGAUGUUGCUUGUGGCCAGGAAUUGAACUCAGGGCUGCUGUAUUUCUGAGCACAGUGUGCUAACCACCGCGCCACCAUUCUGCCACUGUGCUCAUGUGUUUAACCUAGUCGUUCAUCUUUUCCUGCAGUUGGUCGGUGGGUCAUGGCAAAUAACCUCCGAUCCGAUUAUCCUUGGACCAAAAUAUGAAUUGUGAACUUGAUAUUGCAUGCUUCCUAGUCCUAAAUGCAGUGGACGUAACUCUGAAUGUGUAAUUUGAUCGUUUUAAAAUGCAAUGGAAAUAUUCAAUAUAUUUUUUCAGAAUAUGAUGGAUGUUUAAUUAUGAGACGGAAUUUAAAUGAUUUGCGUGAAAAAUUGUGUUUUUUAAAAAUAUAUUUCUGUUCAAGUAAUAAAGUGCCUAACAUCUUAAUAAAAUACCAGAAUCAAGUCGA